ACGAUUCGUUCAUCCCUUUUUGCCCAAAUUUAAGUAGAAACAAGAACAACUGCUCCGUCUCUCUUCUUCUUCCUCUUCUUCCUUGGACUCGGAGGGUCCAAAUCUCUCGAACCGUCAAUGGUGCUGGAAAGAGCCGAGGACGAAGAGAAAUGGCUCGCCGAAGGGAUCGCCGCCAUUCAGCAGAACGCCUUCUACAUGCAUCGCGCUCUGGACGCCAACAAUCUGAGAGAAGCUCUCAAGUAUUCGGCUUUGAUGCUGUCCGAGCUUCGGACUUCGAAUCUUUCUCCUCACAAGUAUUAUGAUCUCUAUAUGAGAGCUUUCGGUGAACUGAGGGGGCUGGAGAUGUUCUUCAAGGACGAAAGCAGACAUGGCGUUUCCAUAGUCGAUUUGUAUGAGCUUGUGCAACAUGCUGGCAACAUAUUGCCCCGACUCUAUCUCCUAUGUACUGUGGGAUCUGUGUACAUCAAGUCCAAGGAAGCACCUGCCAAGGAUAUCCUUAAAGAUCUUGUCGAGAUGUGUCGUGGUGUUCAGCAUCCAAUACGGGGCCUUUUUUUAAGAAGUUACCUGUCGCAAGUCAGUAGAGAUAAGUUACCUGAUAUUGGUUCUGAAUAUGAAGGAGAUGGCGACACUGUUAUGGAUGCUGUUGAAUUUGUGCUGCAAAAUUUUACUGAAAUGAAUAAGCUUUGGGUCCGCUUGCAGCAUCAGUCUCAGGGUCCUGGUCGGAUUAGAGAGAAGCGGGAAAAAGAAAGGAGUGAGCUUCGUGAUCUUGUAGGGAAAAACCUCCAUGUUCUUAGUCAGAUAGAGGGUGUGGAUCUUGAAAUGUACAAAGAAACUGUUCUUCCCGGGGUCUUGGAGCAGGUUGUCAACUGCAAAGAUGAUCUUGCCCAGUAUUAUCUGAUGGAAUGCCUGAUCCAGGUCUUCCCAGAUGAAUACCAUUUGCAGACCCUUGAGGCGUUAUUGGGUUCUUGUUCUCAGCUUCAGCCAACUGUUGACGUCAAGAUGCUGCUGUCUCAGUUGAUGGAAAGAUUGUCAAAUUAUGCUGCUUCAAGCCCAGAUGUAUUACCAGAAUUUCUGCAAGUUGAGGCAUUUGCUAAGUUGAGCAGUGCCAUUUGGAAGGUUGUAGAUGCCCAUGCUGAGAUGCCAGUUGUUGGAGCAAUUUCUUUGUAUGUUUCUCUUCUCACAUUUACUCUCCGUGUCCACCCUGAUCGCCUUGAUUAUGUGGAUCAAGUUCUGGGAGCAUGUGUUAAUAAGCUCUCCGGCAAACCAAAGCUUGAGGACAGAAGAGCGAGAAAACAAAUCGUUGCCCUCCUAAGUGCUCCGAUAGAGAAAUACAAUGAUGUUGUCAGAGCCUUGACACUUCCUAAUUAUCCGCGUGUCAUGGAGUACCUUGAUAGUUCGACAAACAAACAAAUGGCAAUGGUUAUAAUUCAAAGCAUCAUGAAGAAUAACACCUGCAUCAAGGAGGCUGAUAAGGUUGAGGUGUUGUUUGAAUUAAUCGAAGGACUAGUUAAAGAUGUGGAUGGAAUAGCUGUGGAUGAGCUUGAUGAGGAAGAUUUCAACGAAGAGCAAAAUUAUGUUGCUCGCCUUAUACAUAUGCCAUAUAAUGAUGACUCAGAAGAGAUGCUUAAGAUCAUGUGUGCAGUGCAAAAGCACAUUAUGGGCGGAGGUCCAAAGCGCCUGCCUUUUACAGUUCCUCCACUUGUUUUUUCUGCUCUCCGGUUGGUCAGACGAUUGCAAAGUCAAGACGGUGAAGUCGUGGGAGAAGAAUUGCCUGCAACUCCUAGAAAACUUUUCCGGCUUUUGAGCCAGAUAAUUGAGGCUCUUUCAUCUGUACCAUCACCCGAACUUGCACUAAGGUUAUAUCUGCAAUGUGCAGAGGCUGCCGGCGAUUGUGAUCUUGAACCAGUGGCUUAUGAAUUUUUUACUCAGGCUUUUGUACUGUAUGAAGAAGAAGUUGCGGACUCCAAAGCCCAGGUUACAGCAAUACAUUUAAUUAUUGGGAGUCUCCAGCGGAUGACUGUAUUUGGUGUUGAGAAUAGAGAUACUUUAACACACAAGGCCACUGGGUAUGCUGCAAAGCUUCUGAAGAAGCCUGAUCAGUGCAGAGCAGUUUACGCAUGUUCCCACCUUUUCUGGGUCGACGAUCAGAAAGGCAUUAAAGAUGGAGAAAGGGUUCUACUUUGUCUAAAACGUGCUUUGAGAAUAGCAAAUGCAGCGCAACAGAUGGCCAGCGUUACAAGGGGUAGUGCUGGGCCAGUCACACUUUUUGUGGAAAUUCUAAACAAGUACCUCUACCUUUUUGAGAAAGGCAACCCACAGAUCACAAGUUCUGCAAUUCAGAGCCUGGUUGAGCUAAUACAGAACGAGAUGCAAAGCGAUUCCACGACCCAGGAUCCAGCUUCAGAUACGUUCUUUGCCAGCACAGUUCGGUACAUCCAAUAUCAAAAAGAGAAGGGAGGUGUGAUGGGCGAGAAGUACGAGCCAAAAAAGGUAUGAUCUGCAACGGAAUCGUAGGUUAUAUGCGCGUGUUAUUCUUUUGGCCUGGGCACAAGUUCUUGCGGAAUAGGAAGCUUGAAGAGGUUUUGGUAUGGAGUCUUCAAGAAAAGAGGUGGCUCGGGUUGCUUCGACAUUGAUAUGAUGGUAGGGCAAAUUAAGUUAUUCGGUAUAUUUACCCGUUAUUUGAAUGUGAACGAAGAAAACAGGCUUCUCUUGUAUAGCUAUUCUUUUGUUCUUUUUUACCUUUUCAUUCCCGUGAGGCGAUUUCUUUGUGUUUUCGCCGGA